CUGCCAGCCUGUGGAAUGCUCCGGGCUGCCAUAAGGCUUCCCUCCUCUCCUCUUGCCUGCCCAUUCCCAGUGCCCCGCGAAGGGGAGCGCGCAGUGGCAGGUUACCUCUCUGAGCUUCUUCUCUCCUUCACAAUGGAUGAGAGUCCCCUGCAGGUGCUGACCAUUCCCACCACCCCAUAUCCCGACCAGAGGCCUGGCACCAGCGGCCUGAGGAAGAAGGUCUUCGUCUUCCAGUCCAAACGGAACUAUCUGCACAACUUCAUUCAGAGUGUCUUCUCCUCCAUCGACCUGCGAGACCGCCAAGGGUCAACAAUGGUGGUGGGAGGAGAUGGGCGUUACUUCAACACGACCGCCAUCCAGGUCAUCGUGCAAAUGGCUGCAGCCAAUGGGGUAGGCCGUCUGGUGAUCGGUCAGAAUGGCAUCAUGUCCACACCAGCUGUGUCAUGCGUGAUCAGGAAGUUCAAAGCAAUUGGUGGAAUUCUGCUCACCGCCAGUCACAACCCUGGAGGACCAGAUGGAGACUUUGGCAUCAAGUUCAAUAUUGCUAAUGGAGGACCCGCUCCGGAGGCGGUCACAGAAAAAAUCUUCCAAAUAAGCAGAACCAUCGAAGAAUAUGCCAUCUGCCCUGAACUCAGAGUGGAUCUGGCAACCCUUGGCAGGCAAACCUUUGACCUGGAGAACAAAUUCAAACCAUUUACAGUUGAGAUUGUGGACUCGGUGGAAUCCUACGCAAACAUGCUGAGGAACAUCUUUGACUUUGCAGUGCUGAAGGAGCUGCUGUCGGGCGAGAACCACAUACGUAUACGCUUAGACGCCAUGCAUGGAGUGGUUGGUCCAUAUGUGAAAAAAAUCCUGUGCGAGGAGCUGGGCUCCCCUGCCAACUCGGCCAUUAACUGCAUCCCUCAGGAGGACUUUGGUGGUCAGCAUCCAGAUCCUAACCUGACCUAUGCUGCAGAUCUUGUUGAGAGCAUGAAGAGUGGCCAGUAUGACUUUGGAGCUGCCUUCGAUGGGGACGGUGAUCGUAAUAUGAUCUUGGGAAAGCACGGCUUCUUCGUUAGCCCCUCAGAUUCGGUUGCUGUCAUUGCAGCAAACAUCUUCUGCAUCCCCUACUUCCAGCACAUGGGAGUGAGAGGCUUUGCCAGGAGUAUGCCCACCAGUGGAGCACUGGACAAUGUGGCUAAAGCAACGAAGAUCCAACUGUACGAGACACCAACUGGGUGGAAGUUCUUCGGGAACCUGAUGGACGCUGGUCACCUUUCGCUGUGUGGAGAGGAGAGCUUUGGCACAGGUUCCGACCAUAUCCGUGAAAAGGAUGGUCUUUGGGCUGUGCUUGCAUGGCUCUCCAUUCUUGCUACCAGAAAGCAAAGUGUUGAGGAGGUCAUAAUAGAGCACUGGAAAACCUACGGCCGGAACUACUACACCAGGUACGAUUAUGAGGAGGUCGACAUAGACGCAGCAGUGGAGAUGAUGCUGGAGCUCGAGGUGAUCAUUUUAGACAAGGCAUUCAGUGGCCAGAAGUUCACUGUAGGGGAGCAAACCUACGAGGUGGACAGAGCAGACAACUUUGAAUACAGUGACCCAGUGGAUGGAAGCAUCUCAAGAAACCAGGGCCUGCGGAUCAUUUUCAAAGAUGGUUCACGCAUCAUCUUCCGUCUGAGUGGAACAGGCAGCUCCGGGGCAACAAUACGCCUCUAUAUCGACAGCUACGAGAAAGACGUAAACAAGAUUUUCCAAGACCCACAGGUGAAGCUGGCCGAGCUGGUUAGCAUCGCCCUGAAGCUGUCUCAACUGCAUGAGAGGACGGGAAGAAGCAGUCCUACAGUUAUUACAUGAUAUCACCUUAUAUUUUUGUGGCUAACCUUUGUAAUAAAACUAGAUUUUAGAAGGA